AUGUUCAAGCGUGCUGCCACCAGAACGACUUCCGGCUCGGUGUCGAGCGCUGCCGUGCAGCAGAGGCUGUUUGCGUCGUCGUCUUCGGCGCGCGCCGCUUCGUCCCUGUGGGCGCACCUCGACGUCGCGCCCCUCGACUCCAACCACGCCACCAACGCCGCCUUUGAGGCCGACCAAUCGCCGCUCAAGGUGAACCUGGGCCGUGGCGUGUACAAGGACGACAACGGCAAGAACUGGGUGCUGCCCUCGGUGCGCAUGGCCGAGGAGAAGAUCUUCGCCGAGAAGGCCGGCCACGACUACCUGCCCUUCAAGGGCUGGGACGUGUUCUGCAAGCGCACCUCCGAGUUCGCCUUCGGCGAGACCAACCCGCUGCUCAAGGACAAGCGCGUCGCCACCGUCCAGGCCAUCUCCGGCACUGGAGCGCUGAGGGUGGGCGCCGAGUUUUUGUCGCGUUUCCUGCCGCCCACGCACAAGGGCGUGUCGGUGUACGUGGCCGACCCGACCUACGUGAACCACCUGCCCAUCUUCAAGCUCAACGGCUUCGAGAUCAAGCGCUACCGCUACUACGACCCCAACACCAACGGCCUCGACCUCAAGGGCUUCGUCGAAGAUCUCCAGAAUGCGCCCGAGGGUUCGGUCAUCCUGUUGCACGCGUGCGCGCACAACCCGACCGGCGUGGACCCGUCGUUCGAGCAGUGGAAGCUCGUCUCCGACGCCUGCAAGGAGAGGCGCCACGUCGUCUUCUUCGACUGCGCCUACCAGGGCUUUGCCAGCGGUGACAUCGACAGGGAUGGUGCGGCGUUCAGGUACUUUGCGCAGGAGGGCCACCAGGUGCUCGUGGCGCAGUCCUACGCCAAGAACAUGGGCCUCUACGGCCAGCGUGUGGGCGCGCUCAACAUCGUCACCUCGGACGCCAAGGAGACCGAAGCCGUCAUGUCCCAGCUCAACCAGGUGAUCCGCCCGAUGUACAGCAACCCGCCGGCGUACGGUGCGCGCAUCGUGGGCACGAUCCUGUCGGACCCCACCCUGCGAGCGCAGUGGCAGAAGGACGUCAAGACCAUGGCCGACCGCAUCAUCGGCUCCAGGCAGGCCCUGGUCGACAACCUCGAGGGUCUGGGCUCCAAGAAGUCGUGGAAGCACAUCACCAACCAGAUCGGCAUGUUCGCCUACUCGGGUCUCACUCCUCCUCAGGUCCAGACGCUGCGUACGCUGCACGUGUACAUGAACCUGGACGGCCGCAUGUCGGUGUCGGGCGUCAACUCGCACAACGUCGAAUAUCUCGCCCAGGCCAUGCACAAGGCCACCUCUCAGUAA